AUGCCGAUGCAACAUCCUGUCGUGUGUGCUGCUGCUUUGACUGAGGAGGUCAUGAAUCGCUUUAUCGACGACAAUGACAUUGACGAGGAUAAUUGGGACUUCGUCUUUGUAGACAGUAUCGAUGAAUACUAUAAUGAGCCUUCUCUGGCACCCGUUGAUGGUCCGAGCAAUCCAAACUCACCAUUUAUCGGCAAAACGCCUCAAGAAUGCUACGAAUUGCUUAAGAAGCUUUGCGAGGAUACCGAGUCGGAACUGCUUCGCUGGUAUUUCAUAAUCAUGGAUGAAAGGUCUAUGCAGGAUGAUACUGUACUGCUUGUAAGAGCAGAGGAUGGCACAGAGCUUUCUUCCGUCCGCGCUACCUUUGAGACAUCAGCUUCGUCGCUGAGUACUUCCUGGAUUCAAGUGGUAUUCCCAAGAGGAUAUGCUUCACCACAUGCAGAGGUAUCUCGGUCUCACUUCGGACAUUAUACGUUACGAGUGACGUCGCUAUGGACGUGUUUCGAUCGCACGAGUCUACUCCACGCGAAUUGCACUCUUGAUUCAAUAUCUUCCUAUUGGGGUCCAACGACCAAGAUGGGAGGCCGGGGAACCUCUUUCCCAAUAGUCUGCACAGCUUUACUGAGCAAAGAGAUAAUGAACCGGUUCCUCGAGGCAAGCGGUAUCGCCGACGAUAAAAACCUUCCCUUUGCAUUCGUAGACAGUAUCGACGACUACUACGAUGGGCCAUCAGAAGUCCCAAUAACUGUCUCUAGCAAUCCAGACUCGCCCUUCAUCAACAAGACACCCGAGGAGUGCAGCCAAUUACUCCUACAGCUUUGCGAAGAUACCGAAUCUGAGAUAAUACCCCAUUAUUUCAUCAUCAUGGACGAGAGAUCGAUACAGGAUGAUACAGUAUUGCUGGUUUGCGCAGACGAAGACGAGCCUGUAUAUUCCGUUCGCGCAACUUUUGAAGUGUCAGCCGACGAAGUAAUGUUAUAUCUGACUGGACAUGGCAGCGCCGAAGAAGACGCAGAACGAGCUUUGCAAGAACACGAUAACGUCUUUCGUGGAAGAGCGUAUGAUGAAUAG